UGCUCUGUUCCCUCCUUUUUCUUAUAAUAUUUUUCACGCUUGGUAAAACUCGGUAGAACAGUUUAGAUGUGCUGAUGGUUUCUUUGUGACUGAAAAUGUAGAUAUAAAGAAAAGUAUUCAGACCUUUUUUUCAAGUAUUUUUUUAUUCUGUAGAGCAAAUUAGAUAUCUGAAAAUGUAGUUAUUUACAAAUUAAAAUUUGAUUUCUCUGCAGAUUCUUUCCUGUUGUCGUUCGUUUCUCGCUUUUACAUGUUAUAAUUCUUCAUGUUGGAGUAAAUAUCCUUAUGAAUCUGGCCAGAAGUACAGGCGACUAUCCUCGUGAUUUCGGUUUUGAUUCUAGCCUGAAAAAUUCAUAGGGUGAAAGAAGUAGGUAAGAAGGAAGCAAGAGAUGGGAUGUUCUACAUCAAAGCUAGAUGAUGAAGAAGCAGUUCAGCUUUGUAAAGAUCGAAAGAGAUUUAUUAAACAGGCUCUUGAGCAAAGAACACGAUUCGCCUCUGGACACAUGGCGUAUAUUCAGUCCUUAAAAAGAGUUUCAGCUGCUCUUCGUGAUUAUAUCGAAGGCGAUGAGCCUCGUGAGUUCUUAUUAGAUUCCUUCGUAACCCCACCUUUCACACCUGUUAAGAAAGCAAAUCCUGGUUUUAUCUCAAUUUCCCCAAAAUCCUUCUCCCCUGCAACAAUCCAGUCCGAACCCCGUUCAUGUGUGAAAAUAUGUUAUCUAAGAUCAGGAGGGAAUCCAGCAGUUUCAGUAGAAGAGAGACCCCAAUCCCCCGAAACAGGCAGAGUUGAAGCUUACUCUCCAAUGCACCAUUAUGGGAUGGACGGGUUUUUUGGAAUGCAAUCUUCAGCGAUGAAUUCUUCGUCAUUGUUCUCUUGUUCUCCUAACAAUAGGCCAAACAUCCCUCCACCUUCGCCUCAAAAUUCUCAGUGGGAAUUUUUCUGGAACCCGUUUUCAUCACUAGAUUACUAUAGUUAUCCCACUCGAAAUAGUCUUGAUCAGACAGUCAUGGAUGAUGAGGUUAGAGGACUAAGGCAGGUCAGAGAAGAAGAGGGGAUCCCUGACUUGGAAGAAGUUGAAACCGAACAGGAGGAGGAAUGCGAUCAUGAGGAAAAUUUGCCACAAGAAAGGGAUAAAGUUGAUCUAAACUGCAAUAGAGAAGAAGUUAUUGUUGAAGAUGUUGAGGAGGAGGAGGAGGAAGAAGAGGAGGAUGAGGAAACGGAUGGCGGAAUAGAGAUUGAGCAUGAAGUACAAAUGCCAUCACAUAAUAGUGUGACUAUGGAGGUGUCACGAUCUCAGACUGCUAGACAAGUUACAACUAAUAGCCAAGAAAGAGCCGUUGGUCUCCGGGAGGGUAAGGAAGAAAAACCGGGCUUUACUGUUUAUGUGAACCGAAGGCCAACAAGUAUGGCAGAAGUUAUCAAGGAUUUAGAAACUCAGUUCACAAUUGUUUGCAAUGCCGCCAAUGAGGUAUCAGCAUUGUUAGAGGCGAGCAAAGAGCAGUACUCUUCAUCUUCCAAUGAACUCUCAGCCAUGAAAAUGUUGAACCCAGUAGCAUUAUUUCGUUCAGCUUCUUCUCGCUCAGCCUCGUCCAGAUUUUUAAUGAAUUCUUCGUGCGCUAAAGAUGAAAGUUAUGAAAGCAGUAGUGAUGUCUCUGAAGAGACCUGCAUGUUUUCGGGUAGCCACCAAUCAACAUUAGACAGAUUAUAUGCUUGGGAGAAGAAACUCUACGAGGAAGUCAAGUCCGGAGAAAAAGUUCGGAUUGCAUACGAAAAGAAAGUGACGCAACUGCGGAACCAAGAUGUAAAAGGAGAUGACCAUUCUGCGGUAGAAAAAACAAGGGUAGCAAUUAGAGAUCUGCAUACUCAGAUGAAGGUUUCAAUACACACAGUUGAAGCUAUUUCAAAGAGGAUUGAAACCUUAAGGGAUGCAGAAUUGCAGCCUCAAAUCUCAGAAUUGGUGAAAGGGUUAGCAAGGAUGUGGAAAGUAAUGGCAGAGUGUCAUAAGUCGCAGAAACGAAGCCUAGAUGAAGCCAAGAUUUUACUAGCAGGCACGCCGUCAAAACUGGAAGCUAAACGACAGUCUUCCAUUUCAGCUGCUGAUCCAAACCAGCUAGCACGUUCAGCAGCCAGUCUUGAGACAGAGCUGAGGAACUGGAGAUCCUAUUUCGAGGCAUGGAUCACUUCUCAACGAUCCUACGUGCACGCAUUAACAGGUUGGCUCCUCCGUUGCAUGAGGGCUGAUCCCGACACAUCAAAGUUCCCAUUCUCUCCUCGCCGUUCCAGUGGGGCUCUUCCAAUAUUUGGAAUUUGCAUCCAAUGGUCAAGACUUCUGGAUUCCGUACAGGAGACACCGGUGCUGGAUGGACUAGAUUUCUUUGCUGCUGGUAUGGGGUCCCUAUACGCACAACAGCUUAGAGAGGAUUCACACCGAGUUAGAGCAGGUUCAAGAAGAUUCGGAGGUGGAUCAGCAGAGGAGUUCAGCGGGGGUAUGGAAAUGGUGGAAGCUGGCGAAGUGGAACAAGUAAUGACUGCAGACAAAAAGGCUGAGGUCGCGAUAAGAGUACUUUGUGCCGGAAUGUCAGUUACGAUGAGCUCACUGACAGAGUUUGCUUUCGCUUCGGCUGAGGGAUAUGCUGAGCUUGUGAAUCAAUGGGACAAGGCCAAGGCUGGAGCUGCUGCAAUAUUAUGACGUGGUGUUCAUGUUUAUGGGGUAGUUUAGUGAUGGCUGUCAAUAUAAUUAUAAAAAUUAAUCUAAUAUCUAUGAAUAUUAGCAAUUUAGCAUAGAGAUUUUGCACCCUAA